UAGAUACGUGACAGCUGGGAAAAUCUGGGAGAAACCAAAACCAACCGGUACGCGCUAAACAUGGGAAGAAAGCAACUCGGAGUCGAAAUUUCGGAAAUAGAAAGACAAAAAAGGGGGAAAAAAAAGAGAGAGAAAAGAAAAUAAUUCUUCUUAGUCAAAUCAAUUUCUGUGGAUUUUUCAGAGCUUCCCGCAUUAUCCAUUUGACUAUUGGGAUCGAUCGGAUCGAUCGAUCUUUUUGAUUUCUCUAUAUAAUUAGAUAUAGAAGGCGUUUGAUUGAGGAUUAAAUCGGGAGAUGGCAAGUGGUUUUGGGGAAUCAACAAGCAGGCCACCCCAAAACCCCUCAUUUUCUAGCAACAGUAAUGGUGAUGCUGGUAACUUUGAAUGCAAUAUUUGCUUUGACUUAGCUCAGGAUCCCAUAGUAACUCUGUGCGGCCAUCUUUUCUGCUGGCCCUGUCUUUACAAAUGGCUCCACUUUCACUCACAAUCUAAGGAAUGCCCUGUUUGUAAGGCUUUGGUGGAGGAGGAGAAAUUGGUUCCCCUGUAUGGUAGGGGUAAAACAUCAACGGACCCUAGAUCAAAGUCCAUUCCUGGUGUUAAUAUUCCUAACCGCCCAGCUGGGCAGAGGCCUGAAACAGCUCCUCCGCCAGAACCAAAUCAUUUUGCUCAACAUGGAUUUGGAUUCAUGGGAGGGCUGGGUGGAUUUGCUCCAAUGGCAACAGCUAGGUUUGGGAAUUUUACAUUGUCUGCAGCUUUUGGUGGGCUCAUCCCUUCUCUUUUUAACCUUCAAUUGCAUGGAUUUCCUGAUCCUGCCAUGUAUGGGGCGGCUGCUGGCUUUCCUUAUGGGUUCUCUAACUCUUUUCAUGGCGGUCAUGCACAUGGAUAUCCUCCGCACCAAGGGCAAGGACAGCAAGAUUAUUAUCUGAAGAGGCUACUUCUGUUUAUUGGUUUUUGUGUUCUCCUUGCUCUCAUUUGGCAAUAGAUUAAAUCUAUUUUCACAUCCUGUUAAUGGAUGUUUAGGGCUCAUCAUUCUCACGUCUUUGUAAAGCCGUUAGUGCACCUUUUUUUUUUUCUAAAUUUUUUUGGUACCAGGGAAAUUGUCCAUAUCGUACACUGUCAGAACUCUUGUAGCUCCUGUAUGUUUUCGUCAUCUUUGUGGAAUGUGAUUUGAUUGUUUUUUCUUGUUA